CUCACAUCUCUACCAAAAAGUUUGAAAAAGGUGACAAAACAAUGAAUGGAACUCCUUUUGUUCAGUUUUUUUCCUUGUCCUUCUCAAAAGUCAAGCAGCAGCCCCUUCACCAUUCACUGUCUUAGAUUCUUCUUCAUCCCAUUAAUUUCCAUUUCAAGCUUGUUCUUUCACCAAACACAAAAAAGAAGAAUCUUUAGUAAGGUUUCUUCAGUAAAGAUUCUGUUUUUCACCUAUCUAGUUACUAAUUUCAAGCAGAAACCUUUUUCAGAAGAAAGAAGAAGCAAGAUAUUUGGCGAGGAAACAUGUUGGUUGAGAGUCGGUACAAAGAGUGUCUCAGCCUGUAUUAACAUCAAUGUUUUCGUGCAAAGAACAGUGCCUUGCCUAUACAUACGAAAGGAGAAGAUAAUGUGUCAGGAAAUACGACAUAUACAUUGACAACUAAAAUAACUGCUAGGAAUGGGAGGUUGCUGUUGCUCUUCAAGGAAGCCGCCCCAGCUUCAUGGAACACCAAUCUUUUACUAUUUCCCACCAGCUUCUGAAGAGUAUGAGUCCUUGACAUCUGAUGAUAGCGCUGCUACUGCACUUACCUCUGGCUUCCUGGAUGAUUUGAACCUAGACAGAUCAACACCUGACACUUACCGUGCUCCUCCUGCACCAAUUCCGUUUGAAGUAGUUUUGGGGCAUCCACAGUCCAGGGGUUCCGAGUUCACAGAAGAACCAUUACUUCACAAUAGCUAUGAGAGUACUUGUAAAGAUAUUAAGCAAUCUGAUUGCAAAGCUGAAACAGAAUUUCUUCUUGCCUCCCUAAAGAAAACAGGGAUUGGCCUUGUAAAAUCAAAUCCACCUAUUAUUCAAUCAGCUGACGAAGAGGAUGUUUGUCCCACAUGUCUUGAAGAAUAUGAUGCUGACAAUCCAAGAAUAGUUGCAAAAUGUAACCACCAUUUUCAUCUUUCAUGCAUUCUUGAGUGGAUGGAAAGAAGUCAAACAUGCCCAAUAUGCAAUCAGGAUAUGAUUUAUGAACACCUAUGAAACUUUUGUAACCGAACUUGAUUGGUCAUUGUCUAUACCUGCCUACAGAAGCAGCACAAACACAUGGCCGUUAUUUUUCACUUGGAGGCUUGGCCUGUGUUCACUUAUAAAAUGUAAAUUCUCAAUGUAUAUGAAGCUUAUGUUAGUAAAUCCUACCCUUGAAGAUGAAUUGAUGAACGCAGGCUGCAUGUAUGCUGAAGGGAGCUAAUCACAGCCAAAGAACAGAAAGAUUUGAUGUCUGGAAAAUUAAAUUCUGAACACAUGCUUUUAGUCAUGGCUUCUGAGUUCGAAGUGUUGUACCUGUACAACUCUUCUUUUGUAAUCUUAUGUUCAAUUGCUGUACAGAUUCUACUGUCAAAGAUAAUGGCAGUGGCAUAUUCCUCAAGUUUUAUGGGCACAUUUGAUGAUCCUGGGUCUCGUCUCUUAUGGAUAAUUCCGUUUUCCCCUGCUUA